UUUCUUUUCGCAUUUUUUCACAACUUAAAACGUGUUUAGCGAAAUCUGUUUGUUUGUAAAAUUAUCUUGAAAGCCGCCUAAUUACUAUAAGAAUUUGUGCAAUUAGCGAAGUCGAUUAAAUAUUAUCAACCGUUAAAAAUGGUUGUUCUGUCUUCUUCGUUUGCGGCCCCUGUCGAGGGUGUGUUACAUGAAACUCCGUUGACAAAAUUACUUGUUAACGACCAGGAAUUGGGUACAGCCACUUUGUAUAUAACUGAACACAAUGUGGUUUGGGGUGGUGGGGUCAGUGCAUCGGGUGGUGCCUCCCCAACAAUAUCUCUGCUGUACCCAACCAUAUCCCUACAUGCAGUGCAGAGAGAACCAAUGUCGGCCUUGUACAUGGUCUUGAAUUAUGAACUUAGGUUACCAGAGUUGGCUCAGCAAGAUGGUGAUGCGCAGAAUGAAGAGGAUGAUGACGAUGAUGAUUUUGAUGCAGACCACCAACCAAUCACACAACUGCGGUUCAUUCCACAAAAUGAGGCAGACCUGAACCCCAUGUACUCAGCAAUGAGCCAGGGUCAGGCAUUGCAUCCCGACCCCAUUGACGAGGUUGAUGAUGAGGACUCUUACAUGGACGGUGAAGAGUUUGACGAUGGCGAUGAAGAGUUUGAGGACGCGGAGGAAAGCAACGGUGCUCCUGAUGAAGCGGCUGCCAGGCUAAGACAGCUCCGACUGGAGAACAGCAAUGGACCUCACUAUGAAGAUUGUGAAGACGCAGAGGCUGCGGAGUGAUAGCGUUCUGUGUAAAUUAUAAGUUUUUCGCUGUAAUUCAUUUGGCCGCUCGAAGCAAGCGUUAUAUUCUCACUUCCCUCUGGGGAUUCCGUUUAUUGUGUUAUUUGCAUGCCGGCUACCGGUUGUUUGCUAACAGAUGACGCCACUGACGUGUCGAAAUAGUUCCAGGCCUUCGACACAGCGCCACUUGCGACUUUUCACAGACAACAUAGUAGUUGUUUUUUUUCUUUACUCCAAAUUGGCGCCACUAGCGAGUGGUAGCUUUCGUAAGUCGUUUUAAAAUUGGCGCCGUUUGCGACUGGUAACUUCCGUAACUUGUUUUUGGCUAUGAAAAUUGCACCAAUCACGAGUAAGAUAACUUUCGUAACUUUUUACUGCGCUAGUAGAUGGCGCCACUCACGAUUGAAGUACUUUUGAAACACCUUGGCCAAAGCAACGCCAGCUUCUCUCUAACUUUGUUUUAUAUUUUUUCAUGCCUUCUGUAACCUCGAGUGGCGCCGCCUGGUGGUAAAUUAAAACCCGGUAGCCAUAAUUUCGUACUGAAUUUAAUUUUAGGUUAUUAAAUGCAUGGUAUACAUCAGACAGUGUAUAUCGUUGUAAUCAUAGAAAACAGAAAAAAAAAAACAUACGGCUUUUGUACGAAGAAGUCUAUCACCCGUGAACCCUUGCAGGCGUCAUGUUAAGACAUAAUUCGACGGUAACCGUAUAUUCUGAUCUAUCACUAAUAAUGCCACGUUUGUAGAUUUUAUUGUGAUAACGAAACCGCGUAUUGAAAUCACCAGUAUUAGACACUCAAGAGUGUGAGAUUUUCAACCUUUCCUUCGGUAACUUAUUCGACUACAGUAACAUAAGUAUACGUAGGUAGAAAAUCGCACUUCUUACUUUACCUUAUUAUGAUAAAAUCUAAUAGGUAAUAAUACCAUAGAUUCUGCAGAGCUGUUAAUUAAUUAUUUGAUAUUAGGAAAUUAAAAUAGAACCUGCUUCAACAGCGAGGGAAAACAUCGUGAGGUAACCUACAUGCCUGAGAGUUCUCCGUACUGUUCUCCAAGGUGUGUGGAGU